UAAGAGAAACAUGGAUACCCCACUGAAGGAAAGUGAAUUUAACUGUCAGUUUUUGAAUUCGGCGGGUGCGCCGCCAUCUUGUCGCGGUCCAGUCACGUGACCCGUGUCAGUUCUGUCAAAAGUGCGUUGCGGGGACAGAAAAUAUUCAGAUAGUUGUAAAUAGAACCACUGUACAUACUGUACAAAACAAAAAGAUGAGCUCGAGCGGUCGACCCACCUCCAAAGGUGGUAAAGGGACAAAGGUCGAGAAAACUCACAAAACAGAUGGAAAGCCAGACCCCAAAAAAGGUGGAGGCGAUAAAAUUCACAAAGAGACUCAAUUGUCAAAAAAUGACGAGCUCAGCAUCAAAGAGAAGGUCAGACAACUGAUGGAUCUGACACGUCGUACAGAGGACGAAGUUUGUCUCGCUUUGCACGAAAACGACAAUGACCUCAAUCUGGCUAUUAAUUUUCUUUUCGAGGAAAUAACAACGGGCGAAUGGGAGACUAAAGACAAAAAGAAGAAGAAACGUCAAGCGUCCGCCGGCAAACAAGACAAAAAGAAUAACGAGGAAUCGGGAGGCGGAGGAGGCGGCAGCGAUGAUUGGGAGGAGGUACUACCUCCCAUCUCCAAUAACACUGGAGGAGGAGGAGGAGAUGGAAAAGAGUGGAAAGAGCGUGGGGGUCGUCGAGAGGGUGAGCAGCGGGGCGGCCGUGGUGGACCGCCCCGCGGCGGAAGGGGCGGCUGGCGCGACGAUGGCGGCUCCAACCGGGGCGGCGAUAGACGCGGAGGCGGCCGGGGCGGCAGCACCAGAGGCGGCGGCGGUGGCGGUAGGGGACGCGGAGGCGGCCGAGGUGGAAGAUAUCCUCCGAGGGGCGGCAGAGGUGGCCCGGGAGGCGGUCGCGACUAUAAUCGCCAACCGAUCGAUACGUGGGAUAAUUCGAACACGUGGGACAACAGCACGGCUGCCACUACGAACCAUACAGCACCGAUUGCAGACGACUGGGACGAUUUCCAUACGGACGAGUGGUCGACCGAGGAGUAUACCGGGAGCCUCGUGGAGACCAAAGUGUUCACUCCCAGUACGACGCAGCAACAGCAGGACGGAGGGGGCGGCGGCGGUUUACAGCAGUUAGAACAGCCGCCCCAACCGCCCGUUAACAAUAUCGACCAUUCAUCCGGAUCCACGCAGUUGGACGCCAAUACGUACAGUCAAUCGUUGCAGUACCAGUCGGUACCGCAGAUGCCCGCUCAGCAAACGAGUCCAGUGCCGGCCGCGAUGGUCGGACGUCUAACGGACGCGCAGACUCAGUACUUUUCGCAAUUGUCUCAGCAGAACAACGAGGCACUGAGUAAACAGUACGGAAGUGGGACGUAUCAGGCGCAGACUCAAAACGCUUACGAUGGCACGAAGGCGAAUGUGCAACAGGUGUACAAUAGUUCCGUUCAAACCUACACUCCGAUCACGCAGUCGUACAGCGCGAGCGCUCAACAACAGUGCGCGUACGGAAGCGGCGUGCAACAACAGCCGGCGCAAACGUACAACGCGGCCGCAGUGUCCCAACAGCAAUCGUACAACAACAGUAGCGGCAGUGGGGCGGCUGUUGUUCAGCAGCAGCAGCCGUACGCCCCCCAAACGACCGUCGUCAGUCAGCAACAGCAGUACGGCGGUACCGCGCAGAGUUACGGUUCUGCCGCAGCGACGGUUCAGCAAACCGGUUACGGUUACGGUCAGCAGCAGGAGGUGGUAGGGGGGCAGCAGACGCAGCCGCAACGGUCCAAGCAGAGGGCGAGGGUACCGCCACCGUCCAAGAUACCGGCAAGCGCUGUAGAGAUGCCCGGGGAUCUGAACAGCAGUAUUACCUAUUUGGAUGUGCAAUUCGGCGCGCUGGAUCUCAUGGAUAAUUCGUUCGAAUCGAAUGCCGCCUCGGAGGUGAAAUACGGAACUGAUACGUCCAGAAAUUCGACGGUAUUGGAAGGGAAUUCCCAUUCGACGCCGACGAGCGGGCUGGACCUAAACUCGUCGGGUACCGCGGGACCCAAUCAAAGCGCGAUAGAGACCGUUUACAAUGCCCCAACGAAAAACGGUACCCAGAGCAGUAUUAGUUCGGCGUUAUCGCAAGCCCUGUCAAGUGAUAGCAUUCCACAACAAUCGUCCGAGCAUCUGAGCUAUAACAGCGGCAACAAGGUGCAACACAACGCGUCACAAGGGUCGGCGACGACGUCGGUGCCAACCGUAACGACGCCCUCCGGUUUAGACUUGAACAAGCAAGCGAACGACGCCCACUCGUCGUAUAACUCGCAGGCGAAUUACAACUCGUAUCAAUCUAAGAGUAAUAAUUAUACGCCUUCGGCCUAUAAUACCACUCAAACCACGGCAAGUUCCUACGUCAACCCGUCCGCGACGAGUUACCAACAGGUGGCCAGUUCGGGUUACGCGAGCCAAAACUCGGCGCCGACGCAGAGCGCGAACGCGGCGUACGCCGGCGCCGCGACGCAGGCCGCCGCCUAUCAGAACGCGAACUCGUACCAACCGACCGCUCAGCAACAGCAGCAGCAGCAGAGUUACGCCUCGUCCGCCCAAGGACCGACUUCUUAUGGUGCUAAUACUGGUUUAACGAACAAUUCGAGCUACUCGUCGAGCAGCCAAUACAGCAGUUACAAUUCAAGUGGUGGUGCCGGUAAAUUGGGCAGCAAAGAGAAUUCAUACGACAACAGCGUAUCGAGUGCGACGGUGGUCAGCGGUACCUCCAGUACGACGUCGAAUAAUGCGGCGGCCGUUUCUAGUGCGGGUGGCGCCCUCUCAUCUCUCAGUCAGUCUACCAUUAGUAGCAGUAAGUCUACGGCCACUCUUGCGAAAAAUACGACAAGUGUGAUGUCGAACAUCCCUCCGGGGGUGGCGGCCCCCGUGAUGAGCACCCCGUAUAUUAUGGGACAGAUGCCCUAUUUCCAGCAACCCGUUUAUUCCUACGAAGAUGUGCAAAUGUUGCAGCAACGGUUGCCCCACAUGCCCUCUUACUACGACAUGGGUUAUCAGACGCCGACGACGUUGGCGACGGUGCGGGGCGACCCGACCGUGGCCGCCGCCCUGGGCGGUUAUCCGGCCACGGCCGCCGACGGGCGGUUCCAGACGGGCGGCAGGGCGACCGACGGCACCACCUCCCCGGUACCGAACGCCGCCUCGCAGCAACAGCAGCAGCAACAGCCGCAACAGAUCUUGGCGACGCCCGGCGCCGCUCAGCCCUACUUCUUUACCGCCUUUAAUGCUUUAGGGGCGCCGCCCAAUUAUCCGCAGUUCGGAGCCAUGUACACCACGCAACUGCCGGCCGUGACGAACGCGCACGGUUCGAGCGCGAACAGUCAAUACGGUCCGAAACCGGGAACGUACGGGUCGGCGGCCGGUUACGGCGGCUACGACGCGUUGGGACAGUCGGCGGCUGCGCAGGACUACGCGAAGGGCGGCUACUCGGCGGCGGCGGCAGCAGCUGCGGCCGCGGCCGCUCAACAGGCCGCCGCCCAAAAGGGCGGCCAAGGGAACUCGACCACCGCCGGAUCGGUCGUGGGCAACGAUCUCACCGCCGCGAUGUACGGCAAAUCGCAUGCCGCACUAGGGAAAGUCAAUUCGUACGAGAAACAAGGUUUCCAUUCGGGGACGCCGCCUCCGUUUACGGGAGCGUUGAGUCAGAGCGCGGGCACCGGAUACGCCCCGGCCCAAGUCUACAUCCCGACCAUGCCCCAGCAUCAUUCGACGAUGGCGAUGCACCAGCCCUUGCAUCAGAUGGAUGUGAGGCACCAAGGCAGACGCGCGGACUCGGGCAAUUCGAGCAGUCAACGAUCGCAGGGUUCCAACCAGUCGAAGUCGGGGUCAAAACAGGGCGGCUACGGUGCCGCCUCCUACUGGAACCAAAACUGAACCGCAACAAUAAGAAGAAGCGACCGCAAAAGCUGCCGCCGCCUUUCCCAUCUUUCCCCGCGCCCUUUUUCCUUCUCCCCUUAUGGAUAUUUUUCUGUUAGAUAGCUUUUGAUUAGUAAGGAUAGUACGUGUAUUGUAUUAUUAUGAUUAUUAUUUUUUAAUUACGAAUAACUAUUAUUAUUAUUAUUAUUAUUAUUAUCGAUUAAAUGGGCAGUUUUAGAGUGCUUUUUAUAUUAUGUCGGAGAAAGCGUUUCGAGACGCCCGCGCUCUUGUAUUUAUUUCCUUUUUUUUUCACUUUUAAGCGGGGACGCUUGAUUUCCUCGAAGACUACGUUAGAGUACUUUAUUAUGAUUAAUUUUUUUUUUAAAGGUCUUCUUUUACCUGUUAACACUUAAGGAUAGGUUUUUUUUUUACUUUACUGGAUUUUUUUUUUUUUUUUUGACUGUUAAAUUUGGAAUGAGUUAAUUUUAGUUUUGUGAUUGGGGAACGGUCGGGACGUGCGGCGCGGCCUGAAAAGUCAAUUUCACUUAGGUAAUGGACUUCGUGAAUUAAUUUUCUAAACUAAUCUGAAGAAUAAACAAAAACGGUCGCUUAAUGGAAACUUUGUAAAUAUGGCUUUCAUGACACACACACACACACAAACAUACAUACAUAAACACAUAAUUUGGUCCCGUUAGAGAGCAGCGCAACGCCUGUUAAAUUAAUGUAUAUUUAGUAUUUAGAAUUAUUGUGUUUUGGAAAUUUCAUGUCUCCCCACCACAAUAAAAUCUAUCUAAACGUGUAGGUAAAGUUGCCGCCUAUUAUUAUUAUUAUUAUUAAUAAUUAUUAUAAUUAUAUUAAGCAGCGGUCUCGUGACUGAGUCCCUUCCCUUACUCCUCUCCCCCCCACUCCGGUGAUGCUGUAUGGGUACGUGUCUCUGGAAGAACCGAUUCUUUUUUUAAAAAGAAGAGUUUCGGUUUUUUGGACGUCGUUAGACAAAACGUUAAGGGUUGCAGACGUUUCUCAUUUUUUUUUUUUUGUUUAAAGUUGAGCAGAGGUGCCUCCCGUUUAGUGCGACCGUGAGGUUUUUUUUUAUUGAAUUUUACAACUAGAUAGACUUAAAAAUAAUAAAAAUUGUCUCGUGUACCUAUUGCUGAUUUGUAUCAUAAAUGCCCUCUCCUCCCUCUCACUAUUAUUGUAGACACUGUAUAUGUGUAGUUUUGUUUUGUAUUUGCUAACUUAUCAAGACGUUUUUUGAAAGAAAUACACAUGGAUAUGUCUUA